AAAACUCUAACCUUUUUCCGAUUUCCCCUUUCAAUAUUCCACACCAAUCACGAAUCUGUGUAACGGAGAGAGAGAUAGAAUGGGGCCUUUAGUUUUGGCGACUCAAGUGGCGACUGGUCUCGGCGUGGUGGCCGGCGCGAUGCUCGUGAAGGCGGCAGAUGAGUGCCGGAUGCAUCCGCCUCUCGCCGGCGGGUGGCAGCAACGGUGCCCGAAGUGCAGCGGAACGGGCAAGGUGGAGUGCCUCUGCUCGCGUUGGUCCGACGGAGACCGCGGCUGCCGCACUUGUGCCGGUUCCGGCCGGAUGGCCUGCAACAACUGCCGCGGUUCCGGCUCCGGCAAGAUCGCACCAAUUCGGAUCUCGGUCAGAUCGAGCCGGCCUUCCUUUUAGAUUAGCUGUGUUGCCUUCCAACGAUGAAAACUGUAGAUCUGGAACCUUGUUGUUCUUGUUUUUAGUAAUUUUUAUUUGAAUUAGGGAGGAGAAGAAAUUAGAGGGGAUGAGUAUAGCUUUGAUGAAUUAUCGGGUUUUAUAAGGGCCCGAAAAUUAAUUUGAAGUUAAACGUUUUGCUUCAAUUUUAUUUAGUUAAAUAUUUGUUUAUAA